AGUUGGUGAUGUCUUCUCCUUCCUAAAAAAAUUAAAAAACUGUCAAAAAAUGUCACAAUCACAAUGAAGUUUUACACUAUUUUUAUUCUACUGAAAUUAGUUCAAUCGCAUUGUUCAAAAUGCCUGCACAGCCCUUUAUCCAUAAAGCGAUACGAUCAGGCCGAUUUGCUGCAGGACGACGAAGACAGGCGUGAAAUCCUCAAAGAUUACAAAACAAUAUUCGCCCCAGAGUACAGAAUUUACACCAACGACACGAUAUGCAGUACCGUAACCGUGUCAAAGAGAAAAUCGGAAUACGACAAUUGUAGGGACGAACUGUACAAAGAAUACGAUCCCAGGAGGGAUUUCUUUUCGAAAAGCUCCAAGAAGGGAUAUUUCGAAGACAGGCUGCUUUACGGCAGAAACAUGACUACUAAAGUCAAUCUGAAAUACCCAAGUCCCGAGGAUUUCGGUAAAGAAAAACCCGCGGAUACGUUAAGCAUCGAAUCGCUCUGGCACAACUCUCUAACCACCAGACAAAUCAGGACGAUACAGAGCAAAAUCAUGAAAAAAUACAUGAAACUCGACGUGGAUCCUUGCUUGGACUUCUACGAGUACGCCUGCGGGAACUGGAAGAAUUUCUACACCAUACCGCCCGAUCGAGCAACGUACGAUAUAUUCGAAAUGGUAAGAGAAAAUUUGGACCAAGUGCUAAACACCCUGCUAGCCGAAAACCAGGAGGUACCAACGCCUCAAACUCGAGUACCUUAUUACCAAACGCGCAGCUUCUUAGAACGAGAUUUCCUUCCCGACGACACCUCUGACGCUAUCGCAAAGGCCAAGAUGUUCUAUCGAUCGUGCAUGGACGAAGACACCAUACAAAAAAGAGGCGACAAGCCGCUUCGGAGGCUGUUGAAAGAAUUAGGAGACUGGCCAAUUUUGGUACCAGAUUGGAGCAAACGGGAUUUCGAUGUUAUUUGGCUACUGGCAAGACUUAGACUUUUGAACAACGACAUUCUCAUAGCUCAAUGGGUAGGUCCCGAUAUGAAGAAUUCUAACGAAUACAUUGUCCACAUUGAUCAAACCACCCUCGGAUUACCAACAAGAGAAUACUACUUAGAAGGAAUGUACAUGAAGUACCUGCAGGCUUACAGAGUAUUUAUACUAACAGUCGCCGAAAUAAUGGGAGCGGAUUUCAAAUCGGCGGAAAAAGACGUCAACGACAUCAUAAACUUCGAGAUAGCCCUAGCGGGAAUAACGGCGACCGCCGAAGAGCGCCGCAACAUCUCCGACAUAUACUUAAGAACGGACAUGGCGUCUCUGACGCUGUACUUCCCCCAAUUCGAUUGGAAGCAAUACUUCGACAUCGUCGUGGGCGCAGACGUCGAUUUGCGCACACCGGUGGCUUGCUACUGCGCCAAAUUCCUGCACGAAUUGUUGUACAUGCUGAGCGUGACGCCCCCGAGAACCCUGCAGAAUUACAUCCUGUGGAGGUUCGUCAGGCAUAGGACCGGCAACUUGGACCAAAGAUUCCUGGAGGCCAAGCAGAGGUUCUAUUACAUACUGUUCGGACGCGAGAAGAGCCCGCCGAGGUGGCAGUUUUGCGUGACCCAAGUGAACUCCAACAUGGGCAUGGCCUUGGGAUCGCUGUUCGUGCGGAAAUACUUCGAUCAAAUCAGCAAAACCGAUACCAUAACAAUGACCAAGAUGCUGCAGGAAGCCUUCAAAACGACCAUAGAGGAGAGUACGUGGCUGGAUAACAACACGAAAGAAUACGCUAUCAUGAAACUGAGCCGAAUGGAUUUGAAAAUCGGCUUUCCCGAUUUCAUUUUGGACGAAAAACAACUCGACUCGCGCUACUUCGACGUGGAAAUCCAUCCGGACCGCUUCUUCGAGAACGUCAUGACGUUCCUGAGGCAUCUCACCAAAGUCGAGCAAAAGCGAAUGGGCAUACCGGUCAACAGGACCAUGUGGAGCACACCGCCCGCCAUCGUCAACGCCUAUUACAGCAGGAACAAAAACCAAAUCAUGUUCCCCGCAGGUAUUUUACAGCCGCCCUUCUACAACCGACACUUUCCCAAGGCGCUGAAUUUCGGCGGCAUAGGCGUGGUGAUCGGGCACGAGAUAACCCACGGCUUCGACGACAAGGGCAGAUUGUUCGAUCACGAAGGCAAUUUGCACAUGUGGUGGCGAGAGACUUCCAUACAGAAAUUCUACGAGAAAUCCCAAUGCAUGAUCGAUCAGUACGGGCAAUACGUUCUACCCGAAAUACACUUAGCUUUAGAUGGUUACAUGACCCAAGGUGAGAACAUAGCGGAUAACGGCGGCUUGAAGCAGGCGUUCAGGGCGUACGAAACGUGGCUGGGCAGCAAUCCGGAGGCGGACGAGACGUUGCCGGAGCUGAACUUGACCAACAAGCAGUUAUUUUUCCUCAAUUUCGCGCAAGUUUGGUGCGGCCAGCAGCGGGUCGAGGCGGCGAAAAGCAGGAUUAAAAUAUCGGUGCACGCGCCCGGCAUAUUCCGAGUCAUCGGCGUGCUGAGCAACUCCAAGGAGUUCUCCAAGGAGUUUAAUUGCCCCGUCAAUAGCCCGAUGAAUCCCGAAUACAAGUGUAGUAUUUGGUGAGAGAUUACGAAUGCGAAUACGAGUGAAGUACUUGGCUUAUAUUAUUAUAUUUACAGUUUUAUUUGUUAGUAGUGUUAUUAGAAUAUAUAAACUCACCUCGGACUUCUGUUGUUGUCCAA